AUGGUUGUCGGCAACAUCUAUGCAAUCGCGGCUACCGCCGUCAUUGGCGGUAGUCUGUUCGGUUUUGAUAUCGCCUCUAUGUCUGCCCAGUUGGCAAUGCCCGCUUACAAUUGCUACUUCAACCAAGGGCCUCAUGGUCCUCCAUUUGACGAUGAAGAGUGCAGUGGUCCCACGGCUCUGCAUCAGGGAGGUAUCACCGCUGCCAUGCCUGCUGGCUCGUGGCUGGGCGCCCUCAUCUCUGGCCCUCUCUCUGACCGCGUUGGUCGAAAGACAUCCAUUAUGAUCGGCUGUGUUAUUUGGAUGGUUGGCUCGACACUUAUCUGCGCUUCGCAAAACAUCGGCAUGCUCUGUGUUGGCCGUGUCAUCAACGGUCUGGCUGUCGGUAUCGAAUCUGCUCAGGUCCCUGUCUAUAUCUCUGAGAUCGCUCCCCCAUCCAAGCGUGGCCGUCUCGUCGGCAUGCAGCAAUGGGCCAUCACCUGGGGUAUUCUGAUCAUGUACUACAUCUCUUACGGAUGCUCCUUCAUCGGAGGCCAGGACAACGACAACUGGAGCACCGCUGCCUGGCGAGUCCCUUGGGGUCUCCAGAUGCUCCCCGCCGUUGGUCUUGGUUUUGCCAUGAUUUUCUUGCCCGAGUCUCCUCGUUGGUUGGCCCGCAAGGACCGCUGGGAGGAUGCCCACCAAGUUCUAGCCAUUGUCCAUGGAAAGGGUGACCCCAACCAUCCCUUCGUCCACAUUGAAUUGCAGGACAUCAAGGAGAUGUGCGAAUUUGAGCGCCGCCACGCCAAUGUCACCUACUUCGAUCUUUUCAAGCCCGAUAUGCUCAACCGUACCGUGAUCGGCCUGUUCACUCAGAUCUGGUCUCAGCUCACUGGUAUGAAUGUCAUGAUGUACUACAUCACCUACGUGUUUGGCAUGGCUGGAUACAGCGGCAAUGCCAACUUGUUGGCUUCGUCUAUCCAGUAUAUCAUUAACGUGCUCAUGACCCUGCCUGCCCUUGUCUACAUCGAUCGCUGGGGACGUCGUCCAACCAUGAUGGUCGGCUCAAUUCUCAUGGCCAUUUGGAUGUUUACAAACGCCGGUAUCAUGGGUGGCACCGGUGUUGUAGUACCCGGUGGUGUUCACAAUAUUGCAGCGGAGUCGAUGCAAGUAUCUGGUUCCGCUGCUAAGGGGCUUAUUGCCUGCACUUACCUCUUCGUUGCGUCGUAUGCUCCUACCUGGGGUCCUUGCUCUUGGAUCUACCCCCCUGAGCUGUACCCACUACGUCUCCGUGGUAAGGGUGUGGCUUUGUCGACUUCUGGUAACUGGGCAUUCAACACGGCGCUGGGUCUGUUCACCCCCACGUCCUUUGAGAAUAUCCGCUACAAGACCUACAUUCUCUUUGGUGUUUUCAACAUCUGCAUGACCAUCCACGUCUUCUUCGGAUUCCCCGAGACUGCCGGCAAGACUCUGGAAGAGACCGAGGCCAUGUUCGAGGACCCGGCCGGUAUUAAAUACAUUGGUACCGCUCCCUGGAAGACCCGCGUUGCCUUCAAGCGCGUCGUCGAGCUGGAGCAAGGCCAGAUCGACCCCAAGGCUGUUGCCCUGGGCGGCGACCACGUCGAGCACGCCACUGAAGACGUCCCGAGCGAAAAGGCCAUCGAAAAGGCCGACGCGACCAGCACUGCCGUUUAA